GGUAUUUUGAGCAAACAGUAAUUAAUGCCGUGUGCGAUGCUAUGAUGCUAUUAGGGGGUUCAAGCUGCAACCUCACCGUCGGCAACCGGGCCAUCUUCUUCGCUUGUCACAAGAUUGCCGAAACCUUUGGCUCUCCCUGCCCGGGAUUCCCGAGCCGACAAGCGAUGGUGUGUGCCUGCACCGGUGAUUCCCCACGGACUGGCCAAACUACCCCGGCAAAUUCGCGCCUUCAACAAACGGCCUUUCUCCCAGUACCGCAUCGGCACUCUGCUUUGCGUUCAUCAGGUGCCUAGGCUAGGAGGCAUGGCGCGAUCAUGAUGCCCUUUCUCUCGGCGUGGUCUGGCCUCUCGAUUGGAGGACUGACAGAGGCUACUUCUAGCUGUUCAUAUACAUACAUGGCUGUCGUUAAAUUCGUUCCCUGCCCCAAUCCUCCCCCAAGCCGAAGAGAACUUCCGUGGGCAAGAGAGCACCAAUAACUCAGAAUGGCAGACAAGCCUGAUUGGAGUGCCGCACUGAGGCCCGCUCCUCCAGGCGGGGCGACUAUUAUUGCGCAGGAGAGAGCCAGGUCGAUUAUCCCAGUGGACCAGCUGGCCGGCUAUCUUCUUACUCCUGACUUUCUCGAACGACAGGACCGGGUGCUGAAGGUAUUGCUGAAAGAGCCAGUUUUCAAAAAGGCGAAUCAGGCCAACCUGUCCAGGCCCGACAGAUACAAGCUGGGCCUUGCCCGGGGAAAGAAGAUCCGCCAGCUGAAGGAAAAACUGGGCUGGGAUGAGGAGGACUACCACAUGGCCGCUUAUCUGUGUGACGAUGUCUUGCCGUACCACCUGCAUACCGCGAUGUUCAUUACGACUGUCAGCCAGCAAGGAAGCGAUGCCCAGAGAGCUCGUUGGGUGCCCAGGAUCGAAAGGUGGGAGAUUAUCGGGGCAUAUGCACAGACAGAGCUGGGCCACGGCAGCAACGUUCGUGGAAUCGAGCUGGAAGCGAGAUGGGAUCCCGAGACGAGGGAGUUUAUUCUUCACAGCCCCCAUCUUACUGCGAGUAAGUGGUGGAAUGGGACUAUGGGGCGCACCGCUACCCACGCGAUUGCAGUCGCCCAGCUGAUGCUACCUGUAUCGGGCAAAGGCGCUGAAACGAAGUACAAGUCGUACGGUCCGCAUCCGUUUAUCGUGCAAAUCCGCGACUCAAGAACACAUCAGCCACCAGAGAGCAUAAUUAUUGGAGAUAUUGGUCCAAAAUACGGCUAUGCAUCGAUGGAUAAUGGAUACAUGUUGUUCAAUAACCAUAGGGUACCUCACGAUGCAAUGCUCUCUCGGUAUUCUCGAGUAGACCCGGAAACCGGUAAAUAUACCAAGCCUGAAACCCCAGAAGUUGUCUACGGCUCGUUAACUCAUGUGCGAGCUACUCUUGUUAUGGAAGCUAGGCUUGCCCUCGCUCGCGCAGUCACAGUAGCUGUUCGAUACCUAUCCAUACGACGUCAGUUUAGAGAUAAAGAUUCAGAUAAUCCGUCCGACCCUGAAAUGCCCGUUCUGGACUACUCGACCGUGCAGGUCCGUAUCUUUCCUCUGCUAGCCACCGCAUUUGCCCUUCACUAUAGCGGCAAGGCGAUGGGGGAGCUAUACGCGCGAACUCGGAAGAAUAUCGAAGAGAACGGAGAUUUCGAGACUCUGGCUGAACUGCACAGCACCUCAUCCGGAUUGAAGAGCCUUGCCACCGAUCUCACCGCCGGUGGUAUCGAGAUCUGCCGUCGAGCUAUGGGCGGGCAUGGGUUCGGGGCAAGUGGUCUUGUGCAGCUUAAUGCGAACUACUUAUCCAAACCGACUGUUGAAGGGGAUAACUGGAUGAUCACGCAGCAGGUUGCUAGGUAUCUGAUCAAGAAAGCCAAGGCUCUAUCGGCGUCUGCAAAGAGCCGUGCAGGUACUCGAACAGAGGAGAGCCUGAAACGAUACUUGUAUGCGAGGCAGAAGACCUUAAAUUUGAAGGUAUACGAAGACGACAACGCUAUUCUGGAGGCAUUCGAGUGGAGAACAGCACAUCUUGUGUUCAAAGCAUAUGAACAGCGAGAAAUCCAAAAGAAAUCCUGGAACAGCCUUCUCAUUGACUUCCACAAGCUAAGUCGAGCAUACUCCCAAUCCAUCCUCAUCCUCAAUUUCCACCAGGCCCUCCAACCCAACAACCCCGAAACCGCACGUCUCGACUCCACGACCCGCGCAGUCCUCCGCGACCUCUUCCUCCUCUUCGCCUUCACCACCAUGGAUGCCGAUGCCCGAGAAUUCUCCAGCUCAGGAGCGGUGUCGAACGACGCCCUCGACGCUCUGUCCGCACGCAUACUCGAGCUCAUGGGCCGGAUACGUCCGCACGCAGUCCGGCUGGUAGAUGCGUGGAAGAUCCCGGAUUUCUUGCUCGAUAGCGCUCUGGGGAGAUAUGAUGGGAAGGUAUACGAAGACCUAUUCGAUCGGGCGCACAGACAGAAUCCGCUGAAUGCUGAGACGUUCAAUCCGGAUUAUCGUAGCGAUGAGAUUGUUUUGGGCAGUGAAGAUGCCGGACAGAUCUUGUCGAAGUUGUGAUGUGAUUGACGGCUCAUAAAUGUAUCUACGACGUUCGUGUGCCAUAGGGGAGGACCUUUUCGAUAACCAAGAAAGAAAUUCAUGACCCUUUUUUUU